AUGAGGCAACUACUUAGGGCAGAUCUUGCUGUUGCUGCUGCUGCUGCUGCACCCGCUCCUGCUGCUGCUGCUGCUGUAAGUACUAAUGCUGCAGAUACCAGCAGCAGCAGCACUGCAGCAGCAACUGCAGCAACAGCAACAGCAGGUGCACUAACUGGGGAACAAUAUACAACUCUAGAUGCAGCAUUGCAGCAGCAGCAGCAGCAAGAGGUGCAUGCAGCAGAAGGCGAGCAUGCACCAGCAGCAGCAGCAACAGCAACAGCAACAGCAGCAGCAGCAGCAGCAGCAGAUCCUGAGGAAGUGGCGCGUUUGCUGCUAGCUCGUUAUAGAGAUCCAUCAGUAGAUUUACCAUCUGCUGCAGCAGCAGCAGGAGUGUCUGCAGCAGCAUUAGCAGCAGCAGCAGCAGUAGAGGAGCGUGUAGCAGCAGCAGGAGCAGAUUGUUUGCUGCAGACACGUGUGUCUCCUGCUGCAGUAGCAGGAGUGCAGCAGCAGCAUGCAACAGGAGACAUUCGGGUGUAUAGGCAGGUUAUGCAUAAUAGUGAUAAGGUUUGUCAGGUUGCUGCUGCUACUCUUGCUGCUGCAGCAGGAGCAGCAGCAGGAGGUGCAGCAGCAGGUGCUGCUGGUGCUACUACUAGUACAGCAGUAACAGCAGCAGCAGCAGCAGCAGCAGCACAUAAUAGAGCAGCAGCAAUUGCUGCUGCUAUUGUUGCUAGGCAGCAGCUGCAGCACCUAAGGGGUGACGCUGCAUCAAUGGUGAAGCUGGCGGAGAUGUAUGCAGCAUCAGCAGCAUCUGCUGCUGCAUAUCUUGAGGAAUCUGCAGCAGCAGCAGGAGAUCCAUCUACCCAACCACAGCAGCAUCAGCAACAGCAGCAGCAGCAACAGCAGCAGGAAGCAAUCCAUGCAGCAGCAGCAGCAGGAGUACUAAGCCGUUAUUGGGCAGAGAGGGCAGCAGCAACAGGAGACGGCAGAGGAAAAUUUAUUUUAGCAAAAAUAAAGGAAGAAGGAUUAGGAGGAUAUAAACAAAUACAGGAAGCUAUACAGGUGUAUUGGGAGUUAAUGACGGAUCCAUCUAGUGCAGCAGGAAGCCGUUUGUUGGGAUUUUUAGGUUUUUCUCGUGUCUCCUUCCUGUCUCUUUUUGUCUCUAUUAAGAAAAUUAUAUUUAAUAUAUUAGGUUAUAGCAGCAGCAGCACAACAGCAGCAGCAGCAGCAGCAACAGCAGCAGCAAAUACACUUGCUGCAGCACGUCAUCCUCCACAGGAUGCAGCAAACGGCAUGGUACCACGAUACCUACAAGAGGAAAGAGAGAAGGUGCAGCAGCAGCAGCUGCUGCUGCUGCAGCAGCAGCAGCAAGAGGUGGAUAUAGAUCAUCAUCCUUUUGCUGUUGUCCUCUCCUUAUAUCUUGCUGGAGAGGAGCAGCGCCGUUUCUGGGGUCAGCUGGUGCUGGGUUUGCUGCUGCUGAUUAUAUGGGCAAUCUUAGCUAUUCGUCUUGCUAUACGUAUACCAGAGAUGCGUGCUGCUGCUGCUGCUGCUGCAGCUGCUGCUGCUGCAGCUGGUGGUGUUCAGGAGGAUACUACAGCUGAUGCGGUGCAGCAGCAGCAACAGCAGCAGCAGCAGCAACCAGGAGAAGCUGGUGCUGCACAACAAACAGACACAGCUGCAGCAGAUCCUCCACUCAAGACAGCAACAGCAACAACAGCAACAGCAGCAGCAGCAGCAGCAGGUACUGCUGCAACAGCAGCAGAUACUGCAGCUGCAUCAGAUAUUGCAGCGGCAGCAGAUAACGCUGCAACAGCAGCAAAUACUGCAGCAGCAGCAGAUACUGCAGCAGCAGCAGAUACUGCAGCAACAGCAGAUACUGCAGUAUCACCAGAUGCUGCAACAGCAGCAGAUAGUUCAUGCGCUGCAGCAGCAGAUAAUGCAGCAGCAGCACAGUCACCUGCGCAUGCAGCAGCAGCUGCUGCAGCAGAGCCUGCAGCAGCAGAUAAUGCAGCAGCAGCACUUAGCGGGACAGACCAUUCAGCAGCAGGAGAAGCUGCAACAGAGCCUGCUGCUGCUGCAGCAGCAAAGUCUGCAACAGCAGCAGCUGAUGCAGCAGCAGCAGCAUCGGUAGCAGAGCGUGCAGCAUCAGCAACAGCUGAAGCAGCAGAGCCCGUAGCAGCAGCAGCAGCAGCAGCACCAGCUGCUGCUGCUGCAGUAGAUAAUGUGCCUGAUGAUGAUAACGAUUUGCUUGUGUCUCCUGUCUGUGAUUCAAAUAGCAGCAGCAGCAGCAGCAGCAGCACAGACACGUGA